CCUAAGAAUCCAGACGCCAUUCUAGUUGCUAUGCAAAGCCCAAAAGAAAUCCCACUGAUUGGUCUUCACUCUUUACAAAUCACACAACCCAUAUCAUAUUCAAUCGAAAUUUUUUCCCCAUUGAUGGAAGUGGUACAGAGCACAGACCCACGAAGAAAUCCAUAGAAUUGCGCUUUUGUUCAGAGAAAAAUGGCCGCUUCCCUCUCUUCCUCGCAGACCCUCCACACCCUUCUCUGCAAAAACCUCCCCGUUUCUCUAUCAACUUCAUUUCUCUCCAUUCCUAAGCCUGUAGCAGCCCCUCUUUCCCACUCCCACCGCUUCCUGCCUCUCAUUCAAUUCACCUCUAAUCAUCGCCUCUAUCGCCACCGUGGGCUUGUAGUUCGGGCCGAGUCUGAAAAUGGCGCCGAAGCUCUUCGCCCGUAUGAUUUUGACCUCUUUACUAUCGGCGCAGGCAGUGGGGGUGUGCGAGCUUCUCGCUUCGCUGCUAAUUUUGGUGCUUCGGUGGCGGUUUGCGAGCUUCCUUUCUCCACCAUUUCGUCUGACACCGCUGGAGGUGUUGGUGGGACGUGUGUUAUUCGAGGAUGUGUACCAAAGAAGCUACUUGUAUAUGCAUCAAAAUACGCUCAUGAAUUUGAAGAGAGUCAUGGCUUUGGAUGGAAAUAUGACUCUGAACCAAAGCAUGACUGGAGCACCUUGAUUGCUAACAAGAAUGCUGAGUUGCAACGACUAACUGGUAUCUACAAGAGCGUUCUAAAAAAUGCUGGUGUCAAAUUGAUUGAAGGCCGUGGAAAGAUUGUGGAUGCACACACGGUUGAUGUAGAUGGAAGGCUUUAUUCGGCUAGACACAUACUAGUCUCAGUUGGGGGGCGACCUUUCAUUCCUGACAUUCCUGGCAGUGAGUAUGCAAUAGAUUCUGAUGCUGCCCUUGAGUUGCCAUCCAAACCUGAGAAGAUUGCUAUAGUUGGAGGUGGAUACAUUGCUCUAGAGUUUGCUGGCAUCUUCAAUGGUUUGAAAAGUGAAGUUCAUGUAUUUAUACGGCAGAAAAAAGUGCUAAGAGGCUUCGAUGAAGAGAUUAGAGACUUUGUUGCAGAACAGAUGUCUCUAAGAGGAAUUGAGUUCCAUACAGAGGAGGUACCACAGGCUAUCGUUAAAUCAGCAGAUGGGUCAUUAUCUCUGAAGACUAACAAAGGAACAGUUGAAGGCUUUUCACAUGUUAUGUUUGCGACAGGGCGCAGGCCUAAUACAAAGAACUUGGGGUUGGAGGAAGUAGGCGUAAAAAUGACCAAGAAUGGAGCAAUUGAGGUUGAUGAAUACUCCCGUUCUUCAGUUCCUUCAAUUUGGGCUGUUGGAGAUGUUACAGAUAGGAUAAACCUAACUCCUGUUGCUUUAAUGGAGGGAGGAGCAUUGGCAAAAACCCUAUUUCAGAAUGAGCCCACAAAACCUAAUUAUAGUGCUGUUCCUUGUGCUGUUUUUUCCCAGCCACCAAUUGGACUAGUUGGUCUUACGGAAGAGCAGGCUAUAGAAGAGCAUGGUGAUGUUGACAUCUACACAGCAAACUUCCGGCCACUAAAGGCUACACUCUCGGGGCUCCCUAACCGAGUUUUUAUGAAGCUUGUUGUCUGUGCAAAGACGAAUAAAGUUUUAGGACUGCACAUGUGCGGGGAGGAUUCACCAGAAAUCAUGCAGGGAUUUGCCGUGGCUGUGAAAGCUGGUCUGACCAAGGCCGACUUUGAUGCAACGGUGGGUAUUCAUCCUACAGCUGCUGAAGAAUUCGUCACAAUGCGGACUCCUACAAGGAAGAUUCGAAGAAGUACCGAGGAAAAGUUAGAAUCUGAGGCUAAAGCUGGAGCAGGUGUUUAAUACAAAGCCGAGGUUAAUCAAUUUGUCAAACAAAAACUUAGUCAGUCUUUUCAGGUUGACUUCAUGUUACAUAAGGGAACAGCUCCCAACGGACAUCGUAUACAUGAGCUUCAGAAACUUUAGGAAAAUAACUUUCCGAGCAUGCCAAUACACAAAGAUUGCAUGUUGAAGAAUGAUGAAUUCUAUAUGUUGUGAUUAUGCCUUUUGUACAUUUUUGAGUGGCAUUUUGAGCAGCACAGAUUGAACCAUCGAAUAAUUAUCUUAUUGGUUCUCUUUACAUUUUUCAUUAUUUGGAAAUUGGAUGGUGGGUGUUUCUGUUUAUAAGACAUGUUGUAAACAAAACAGUUCGUUGAGAAAAUUGAUUCUCAUUUUUGACAAAUCUCUGAUGCUGUACAAGAAUUGAGGACAAUUCUUAAUUUAAAAGCUAAUAUUUCUCC